CCCAGUUAACAAAUAUGAAUUGGUACUGCAUGUUGCUAUCAACGUUUUUGGUUACAUUAAUUGUUGAGGAUAGUUUUGGAAAGCAGAAAGAAGCAAUUGUUGAACGUAAAGCGAAAUCACAAAAACACAGUAGAACAAUUAUCAUCAAAUGUUGCGGUUUCGUAAAAUGCUUAGAUCACAUAUCAACGCGUAGGGCAUCAACCUUGUCAAAGAUGACUUCAUCCACAAAAAGAAACAGCUCUUUAAAUACCGUUACAGUUCACCCUACAACCACACCUACAGACGCAGAAAUUGGAGCUGUAAAUAAUGUCACUGAUGUCCCUGUGGACAAUUUCAUCCCAACUUCUGUGCAACUAAAGUCAGAAGAAACGUCAUCCAAGAGCGUAAUGGAAUCAUCAAGCGCAAUAUUUUCCACUGAAAGCACGGGCCUUGCCGUAACCAACAGCUCCCCGGAUACAGAAAUCACCACUUCCAGCGACAUUUUCAAUACCACGGAAACUCAUCCUCCAAUUGCGCAAAUUACAGACCAAAACAAAUUAUUAACUGAAACUUUGCAACCCUCAACAACAGCAGAUCAAAAUAGUAAGAAAAACGCAUCAGAAACUUCUAUAAAUUCGUCAGAUAUUGGAUCAACAACAAUGUCUGAUCACACGUCAAGCCCUUCAAUUACUUUAAGAGUUACCAAAAAAGCUGCAACGACCUCUACAGAUUCGAAAAAUGCAUGUGAAGCAUCAAGAUGUGAACAGCUUAAUUUCAACAUAAGCACAAAUAACGCCCUUCAAGUUCAAAGUAAAGGGAAAGUUAUAGUGAGAAGCGGAAAAACGUAUUUGAUGAUGUCAAGUAAUGAGUCUCAAGCUCAAGCUGCCAGUAACUGCUAUUCUGGGAAUAUGUCUCUUGUAGCCAUUCAAGAACUGCAAAAAAUUACAUUUAUCCAGCAAAUGUUGAAAGAUCUCAACAUUUCACAAAUUUGGACCGUCGGUUCCAACGAAGGAAACGAUUCAUGCCUGAACUAUGAUUUGAAAUUUGCUUGGUGUCCGACGAAUGUGGACAUUCCUGCUGUAAUUUUGGAUAAAGUCAAUGGCUCAAGUUUGGCUGAUUUGGCGCAGAAAGCUUUGGCUUUGGUUUCUGAUGGCUCAGUUGCUAAUUUACUUGCAAUUCCUUCUAUCACAAAACUGCCUUAUUUGUGUGAACUAAAUUAUAUAAAAAUAGUAUCUCGAGAUACAUGCUCACCAUUGGCUACUUUGAAAAAUACUUCACUUUUUGACGAGAAUGGAAAAUUGAAAGAUGGAGAAAGAUACGGAAAUUGGAUGACAAUUUGCAACAAACGUUACCUUUUUUCUAAUAAACUUGGAACUUGGCAGCAGAAUUGGGAUACAUGUUGCAGCCUCGGCAUGCGUCCCGUUUGGUUUCAGGACGCGUCCGACAUGGCAUGUCUGUCGAACGCGACCAAAAGCAACUGGACGUUGAAUUACAAUUACUGGACGGCCGGGCGGGCGCAGGGGUCGUGGGGUCAGUGGGCCUUUUGCGCCCCCCACGGUCCCCUCACCCUGCCCGACUCGCUCUCGUGGGCGGCCGGACAGCCGGACAACGCCAGUCCGGACGAAUUGUGUCUGCACAUGCUGUUCGGCAAAAAUGGAGCCAAUCUCACGCUGUCCGACCGGAACUGCUCUCACAAAUAUGUCAUCGCAUGUCAGGGUAUAACGAAUCUAAGAACACUUUGCAAUAAGCCAAGUUGCCCUUCAACGUGUGAGAAAAACAAAAAGCUUUUCUCUGAUAACAUUUUGACUGAUCUCUUUGUUCACGGUCAAUGGAACACUGGAUGUGGGAAGGAAUAUUUGUUUUCGUCAAAAUCCAUGAUUUGGGCAGAAGCUUGGUCAUAUUGUUGUUCAGUUGGAAUGAAAUUGGUUUCAAUUGAAGCAUUGAAUGAGUUGCAGUGUAUGACAAAUAUGGUGGCAAAAUACCCUGCAGCAGUAUAUCCAUAUCAAACUGGGAGAGACUUUUGGACUUCAGGGACUAACACGGGCUGCCCAGGUCCGCACUUUUGGUGUUCGGAAAACGACAAAUUGCUAAAAGAGGAAAUCGUCAAUUGGAAAGACGGAAAAUUACCAACAGAAAGUGCAGAAAUGUGCAUUUUCUUAAAUCUUUCAAACAAAACCGUAAGCGGAACGUAUCUGGGUGAAGAAAGCUGCAACGUGGAAAAACCUUUCAUUUGCGAAACUUUACCAGCUGCAACUAAAUCCCUGCAAAUCAAGAACACGUGUCAACAAAUUUGGAAAGUGACGGAUCUGGAAAUCCAAAUGUACAUAAUGAAUAAAGCAGGGGACGUUAGGACUCGCCCUAGAAAUUUGAAAUGUUACAUCAGGUGUUGCGGGAAAAAAGGAGAAAUGAUACAACAUGGAAGCAUAGUAUCAGAUCAAAUUUUGCGAGGACUAGAAGAACUUUCUGCCAGCAAUGAGUCCGAAAUGCAGAGUGCUUUUGUAGGCUUUGACUCCUGCUCUACGAUUAAGAGAAAUGACGAAUGCGUGACCAUGGCUGAAAUUUUCCAAUGUGGAAAAAAUACUUCACCAAAUCUUACUCUUGGACUUGUUACUUUAAACGAAGGCAGUGCAACCGUGAUUAAAUCCGCCACUGGUGGCAUCAACACACAAUUACGUGUGUGCCCCAAAUUUUCGUCUUGUGUACCAAACGUAACUCAAAUCCAGGAGCUGAACACAACUGGCAAAUUGCCGACAGGAGGAGUGCUGAUUACCUCUUCGACAGGCAAAAAGUACUAUGUGGUGUACGUGCCUGUAAUGACUUGGGCUCAAUCCCAAACAUUGUGUUGUGAGCUUGGAGGCAACCUUGCAAUUUUCGAAACAUUGGCUGACUUCAACGCGUUUAUGAAAAUUCUACCUGCGUUGACGGGAAAGUGGGCUUACAUUGGACCAACUUUUGACAAUGGCGAUGGCACCGACAGUUGGUGCUCAACUUUCAAGAGACUACCGGAUGGGGUGAUCGCAAACACUAGCCUGUUCUACAGAAACCAAAAAGUUGCUAAUCAAAUUUACCUUGAUAAUAACAAGGCCAUCAUUAAUGGCGUUAUAAACGCAAAUUUUGUUUUAUGCGGACCUUUGCCUUAUUAAAUCAUUGGAAUUUUUCAAGUUCAUUGAGGAAACUUAAGUUUUAAUUCAUUCCAAUUACCCAUUAUUUAUCAGAAUGUUUUGUAUUUUGUGCAAUUUCA